GCAAUUUAGUACUUUGGUAAAAUUCAGAAGAGUUUGUUCAAAAGCGUUUCUAGAGCUACCGUAAAGUUGAAAGUUUAUUUUAAAUUGUGUGCAUUGAAUUGUAGAUUUUCUGCAAUUUUAAGUAUAUACCAAUAAAUACUUGUGAAAUAAAUUUGUUUAAAACCGCCUAUUGUUGAAAGCGAUUCUGCUAUAGGAAUUUCGUGGCAAAUCUUUGGUAUCAAUUUGCUGUUGAAAAUUGAGGUUAUAUAUACGUACCCAUUGGAGUGUAGCGGCGCUAUUUCUUCAGUGACUAAUAAGCAAAAUUUCUGAUGAAAAAUUUGUUAAUUAAACAGCUGUGUUUCCAUUUAAACUCUUGAUAAAAAGAGUAAGGUAUCAACCAUUUAUUGCCAAUGCAUUUUGCUAACUAGUAGUCUUGGCAAGUGUUUGUGUAUUAGCAAGUGUCUAGUGUACGUUUGUAUCAAUAAAGCAUAAUUUCAUUGACUUAAAUUGAAAACAUUUCUGGUGCGCCUUCAAUACAAAAAUUUCUAUAAAUUAAACGUCCAAUCUGUUUAGGCGGACGCAAAUGUGUAUGGCUAUUGUGGUAACUGGUUAGACCUGUUCCUACAUCUAUGGAGUUUCAUCUAGACAGUGCAGAAUACUGCCAAGCACAGCACAAAUAAAAAGGAAAAGAGUUUGCAAAACAGCGAAAGAAACGUAAAAAGGACGAGAGUUGGAACUUGUUGGAAGCGCGUCCAGUUGGGAGACAGUUAGACAGGAGAUAGCAGUGAUAGCGCGCGGUACGAGAAAGCGAGCGAAAUUUAGCGUAGAAACAAUUUUCGAAUUUUCUUUAAAAAAAAAAAAACAAACUGAUUGGAUUUUCAAACAAGUCUUUGCUGAGGCAGUAAGAAAGAGAGAGAGAGAUCAACUACAAAAAGCGCGCAUAUCAGAAAAAUUGGUAUAUACAAUUUCGGUUUUGGCUAAAACAAAAAACAAACCAAGCUAAAGAAAGCAAAAAGCAACGAAAAAGAGCUAAUUAAUUGACAGAAUUAUUACGAAAUUAAAUUGUUGUACAAUUAAAGAGUAAUUGCUGUUCAAUUAAAGAGUAAUUAAACUACAAUAACUAAAAAGCCAACAGGGAUUUCGUAACGGCUUAAAAUCAGGCAGGUUCUGUGCAAACAAACAACAACAAAAAAGCAAGCGAAAGCUGCAAAGAAAAACUAUUUUUGAAAAACUCUUUUCUAAUUACUUUUUUGUGAUAAUUUUUAAGCUAAAAAUAUAUAAAUACCAACAACAACUCAUUAACUCCCAAAAACAAAAAAAAACUACUAAAAUAUUGUACUUAAUUUUAAAUUUUUGCGCCAAUUACAAAACGAUUUCCGUAUAAAAGCUUCAAUUUGCACAUUAAAUACUUAAAUUAUAUUUAUACAAAAUAUUUACAAAAACAAAAAACCAACAGCAAAAUUAAUUAGCAUAAACUGCUGCACGUGUUAUACACACAACUUCCGAUUUAUUGAAAGCAAACAAAAAGAAAGCAAAGCAAAAACAAGCAAAGAGAAUAAAAUAAAAUUUGCAGUCCAGUUUUGUGACAGAGGUUUUCACUUUAUAUACAGACUUUGGAGUGAUCACUGUGCAAUUUGUAACAAAAACAGUCGACGCGCAGCUGCCAAAGCGUAAAAUUUUACAAAACAGCAGAACCGUAGAACUUAUCCUACAAAGUCAAGUGAAACACAUAGACAAAAACAACAAAACACCUCAGCGCUUGAAAGCAAAAGACAGCCGCAGAGCAUAAAGAGUAAAAGUGUGGAGCGCGAGCGCUAAAACAACAACGUAUUUCUGCAACAAAAAAAUAUUUUCUUUAAUACCAAAAAAACUACAAAGGAGAAGAACACAAAAAUCUCAACUGUCCUGUCUACAAGUACACAACUAUAUACAAGCCUAUUGUAUAUUGCAUACGAACGCAUAAAUAAAUUUUAUUAUUUGUGUUAAAGUCGUAAAUUAAUGAGCAACAUGCGUCAAAAGGAUUUGCGCCCAGCACCAGCUCUUAUCGAGUUUAAGGGCAUGAAGUUCCUAAUCACCGAUCGGCCAUCAGAUGUUACCAUCCAUCAUUAUAUAACGGAGCUCAAGAAGAACAACGUGAGCACUGUGGUGCGCGUAUGCGAGCCCAGCUAUAAUACGGACGAGCUCGAAGCUCAGGGCAUCACAGUUAAGGAUUUAGCAUUCGAAGAUGGCACUUUUCCGCCACCACAAGUUGUUGAUGAAUGGUUCGAGAUUUUGAAGCAAAAAUUUAGCAAUAACAACACCGUAACUCAUGCCUCAAGUACGCCUUCGACGCAUAGAAGCGCAACGGUUUCAUUUUACAAAAACAAAAGGUUUUCACUUAAGCAUAAACAUAGAAAUGAUUAUGAGAAUUUAGAUAACUGUAGUGCUAGUAUGAACAACAAUAGCAACAAUGGUAAUGGUAAUGAUAACGACAUGACAGCCAAUACAAAUGCCAAUGCCAAUAAUGAUGAGUGCGAUAAUAAUGAUCAUGAAAAUGCCACUUGUAGGUAUCAACAAAAUCCGGAAGCUUGCGUUGCUGUACAUUGUGUUGCCGGUUUGGGACGUGCACCGGUUUUGGUCGCAUUGGCGCUGAUUGAAUUGGGACUCAAAUAUGAGGCAGCUGUGGAGAUGAUAAGAGAUAAACGACGAGGCGCCAUCAAUGCCAAACAAUUGUCAUUCUUGGAACGGUAUAAGCCCAAGGCAAGGCUAAAGCACAAAAAUGGCCACAAGAAUUCAUGUUGCGUGCAAUAGAUUUUCCAAAACCAUAUAAAUUCCCACCAGAUGAAAAGUGUUCAUUUUUAAAGAAGAAAAACAAAAACAAAACAAAUAAAACAAACAGAAGUUUAAAAAGAAAACCAAUAAAUGUGAAA